UGCGAGCCAUCCAUAUCGAACUGAUAGAGUCAAUGGACACAUCAAGCUUCAUUAAUGCACUUCGCCGGUUCUUUGCCAUUCGAGGCCCGGCAAAGAUUAUAUGAUCUGACUGUGGUACUAAUUUCAUAGGAGCAUGCAGAGAGCUGAACAUGCUUGUGGUCUCUUCCAAAGAUCCCAGUGUGACAAAAUACCUUAGUGAUGAAGGUUGCAAAUGGAUCUUUAACCCACCUCAUUCGUCUCACAUGGGGGGAGCAUGGGAGAGAAUGAUCGGACUUUCGAGACGGAUUUUGGACUCCAUGCUUCCUCAAAUCAGCUCCUCGCAUCUGACUCACGAAAUGCUAUCAACUCUAAUGGCUGAAGUAUGUGCUAUUAUCAACGCAAGACCUCUUGUAUACAUUUCUACUGACCCUGAGUCACCUCUUCUCCUCACCCCAGCAAUGAUCCUCUCACAAAAGGUGUGUACCUCAUCCGCACCUACAGGGCCGUUUGAGAACGCUGAUCUGUAUCGAAAACAAUGGAAAAGAGUGCAGUAUCUUGCCAGCCUGUUUUGGGAAAGGUGGAGACGAGAAUACCUUGCAUCACUUCAGCCUCGUAAGAAAUGGCAAGACAACAAACCUAAUAUCAAAGAAAGAGACCUGGUCCUUCUGAAAGACGAUCAGGUAAAAAGGAACGAAUGGCCAAUGGCUCUGGUCACCAAAGCUAUCGCAGACUCAGAUGGCAAAGUCAGAAAACUGGAACUGAAAGUCACUAAGAGUGGUACUGCUAAAACCUUCUUACGACCUAUUACAGAGGUUAUCUUGCUUAUGUCUUAAAUUACCCAGUGAACGUAUAUUCACUAGUUGAGAAAU